AUGGAGCAGCCGGCCAGAGACAGGUCACCAAGAGGCCGUUCUCAAACGAGAAGAGGAGUUUCUUUGCCUGCAACAACCGGAUAUGCCCCUGGAAGUGCAAACGCCUCCGUCCCCUUUGUCUUCGAGGAGCAACUCAGUCGAGUCCGAAUGAGCAUGGACACUUUACAAGCAGAAGUUGGCAAGGCAGUUCGAGAACUUGCAGGUCACCAGAAAACUCUUGUUGACACCCUUGAGCGUCAGCAGCAUGAGCUGAAUGAUUUACGAGCCCAAAGAGUUCCAAUCCCUCCAAGUGCUUCUCAGUCAGUGGCGGCUGCCAAUGAGGAUCGCUUCGGUGCCAUGGGAGAAACCAGUCCUUUUACUUCUGGACAAGACCCGCCCAUCCAAUUGCCAGUGAAUGCUCAGCAAGGUGCAGGUGGACUUGCAUCGGCGAUGCCAAAUACUGCAGUGAAUGCGAGCUCAAGCACUGGACAUGGGGUAAAAAUUGUCUUACCCGAUGGUACGGAGAUCCCCUUGGGCGGCCAGUCAAAUGCCGCGGGUCCUAAAGUUCCUGGAUCCACACAGCUAGAUGCGCUGCAGAGAAGCGACAAGUGGCUGCCUAGCAUGCCCGUGGUCGAGUCGAAUCAGUGGAAAAGCCGAAUGGAGGAGAUUUUGGGCAUGGAACAGUGGCUCGAUUCAUUUUGCAAUUGGCUAUCUUUGAUUUCAGAGCCAUUUUGCACAGAAGGGAAGUUUUCUGCGACUUCUCCGCUGCCAAUUGACAAGAAAGAUUUGUCAACUGACCAGAUUUCCCGAAGCUCCAGGCUCAUGGCAAUGCUUCGCCAGACCUUCCAGAUGACUCCGCGAGCCAAAAUCAUUCUGCUUGCUUAUGUAGAAGGCCCUGGAGAUAAGAACGGGUAUGAGGCUUUGCGAAGGAUUGUCCAAGAAUACAUGAUCAAGACUCGUGCUGAGUUGAUGCAUUUCCGCACAUCUUUGCUUGGCCAAACUUUCAAAGCUCAAACAGUGACAGAGGUAAUCAAGCAAAUUGAGUUCGAGGAGAGCCGGUACAACAAGCUUGCUCGGAUGUUGCCCUCGAAUGUACUAGCUUCCGAUUUGGCCCUGCUCCCUAGUGAUUUGGUGAUGGUCCUCAUCAAAUCCUUGCCUGUUGGUGUGAGGGAAUAUGUUGUCAUGCAUAGCCCAAGCCAUGACUAUGUGCAAAUGAAAAAUGCCGCUUUGUUGUACGAAGCCAACCAGAGAACUUGGACAGAGAUUGCAGGCAGCAGUUCUGCCACCUACAUGCAUGGAAUGUUUGACACGAAUGACAAGCCGAAAGGAAAGGGCAAAAGCAAAGAGGGUAAGAAAGGAAAGGGGAAAGCAAAAGAUUCAAAUAAAGGUGCAGCUAAGGGCAAUGGUGAAAAGUCAGAGAAGGAAAGGAAUGCCACGUGUUUCCGAUGUGGUCGCACAGGCCAUUUCUCUUCAAAUUGUCAUGCCAAGAAAGACAAGGAUGGCAAGCCGCUUGAAGGGAAGCCCGCUCCAAAGAAAGAUGGAAAGGGAUCUGGUGAAGAGAAAGGUUCCAGCACAGGUCCUCAGAACAAAGGAAAAGGCAAAGGAUCCAAAGGUAAGAAAGUCAAUGAAAUGCUUGAGCAGCCUGAAGGCGAAUCGUGGCCUACCAAUGGUCCAGCUGAAAGUCAGGGUUCCAAUGGAGAUGGCAGCCGUGCGUCAGCUGCGAAGCAAGCAGCAGCCCCUUUGAAUCCCAUUUUGCCUACUCAGUCUUGGUUUGAAGACACGAUCGUGCAGUUUGAGCGAGAGCAGAUCACAGAAGAGCAGUUCGAUUUG